GCAGGAGCUAUAAAAAGAAGCAGGAAGCCACUCGCUCUCCUCACAGCCACAGCUCGCCAUCGUCGUCGUCGUCGUCGUCGUCUCCGGCUCCGGCAAGAGAGCUAGUAGUGAGUAGUAGAAAGAAGAAGAGGCAAAUUAAUAGUAAUGGAGGGGAAGGAGGAGGAUGUGAGGCUGGGGGCGAACAGGUACACGGAGAGGCAGCCGAUCGGGACGGCGGCGCAGGGGGCGGAGGAGAAGGACUACCGGGAGCCGCCGGCGGCGCCGGUGUUCGAGGUGGAGGAGCUGACGUCGUGGUCGUUCUACCGGGCGGGGAUCGCGGAGUUCGUGGCGACGUUCCUGUUCCUGUACAUCAGCAUCCUGACGGUGAUGGGGGUGAACAAGUCGGCGUCCAAGUGCGCCACCGUGGGGAUCCAGGGCAUCGCGUGGUCGUUCGGCGGCAUGAUCUUCGCGCUCGUCUACUGCACCGCCGGCAUCUCCGGCGGGCACAUCAACCCGGCGGUGACGUUCGGGCUGUUCCUGGCGCGGAAGCUGUCGCUGACGCGGGCGGUGUUCUACAUGGCGAUGCAGUGCCUGGGCGCCAUCUGCGGCGCCGGCGUGGUGAAGGGGUUCCAGCGGGGGUUGUACAUGGGCUCCGGCGGCGGCGCCAACGCCGUGAACCCGGGGUACACCAAGGGGGACGGGCUCGGGGCGGAGAUCGUGGGCACCUUCGUCCUCGUCUACACCGUCUUCUCCGCCACCGACGCCAAGCGCAACGCCAGGGACUCCCACGUCCCCAUCCUGGCGCCGCUCCCCAUCGGCUUCGCCGUCUUCCUCGUCCACCUCGCCACCAUCCCCAUCACCGGCACCGGCAUCAACCCCGCCCGCAGCCUCGGCGCCGCCAUCGUCUAUAACCGCGCCCACGCAUGGCACGACCACUGGAUUUUCUGGGUUGGUCCGUUCAUCGGAGCGGCACUGGCGGCCAUCUACCACGUGGUGGUGAUCAGAGCAAUCCCCUUCAAGAGCCGGGACUAAUUAAUUACCAUGCACCAUCAUCUUAAUUAAGCGAUAAUUACUCUGAAAUAAUCAACCGAGUUGAUGCUGCAAGAUGAUGGAGGAUCAAGUCUCUACAGUACUACGUGUGUUAUUACCGUCUGGUGAUCGAUGAAGCUAGCCGCUGCAUAAUUAUAAGCGCGUUUAUAUAUAUCUGAUGUUGCUGUAAUUAUAUCUAUGUGUACGUAGUAUGUUUGGUGUGAGAAAUGGUACUUGUGUGUGCGGAGGCAUGCAUGUUCUUGGUUGCACGCCUUCAGCUAUAUAUAGCUUUGCAUCAAUUCCAUCUCCAAAUGUGAAUUUUACUAGUUACUAUUUUUACCUCCUCUCAUCCCCUCUUAUGUUAUGUGUGAUCAAGUAUUUGAUCCCCUCUCGUUAAGUAAAUGUUAAGCAUGCGUAUUUGUAAA